AGUGUGUCGUGUCAUCGCAGUUGUGAAGAGAAGAAGCCAGGAUGAGCGAAGCUGUUUAGGUGAAAGAAAAUCGGUGAUUUGAUUGGUUGGUGAAUUGUAGUUUAAAUUUUUGCGAAAACUAAAGUGAAUCUGAAGACAUUCAGUGCUAGUGAAACUGGAACACAUUUGUGCAAAGCUGCAGACCAUGCAUUACAAUUCAUUCAAUUGUAAGCAAAACAUCCUGGAGUACUACACCUGUCAUGGUGGAGUCAACCAGUUGGGUGGGGUAUUCGUAAAUGGACGCCCCCUGCCGGACCUGGUGAGGCAGCGAAUCGUCGAGCUUGCCCACAACGGCAUCCGCCCAUGUGACAUUUCCCGUCAACUGCGCGUCAGCCAUGGAUGCGUUUCGAAAAUUCUUUCGAGCUAUUCCAGAUACUACGAAACGGGAAGCUUCAAGGCUGGCGUCAUCGGGGGGUCGAAACCGAAGGUGGCCACGCCUCCGGUUGUGGACGCAAUCGCCGCCUACAAGCUGCAGAAUCCAACCAUGUUCGCUUGGGAAAUCCGCGACAAGCUGCUCGCGGAUGGCGUUUGUGUUCACGAUAACGUUCCCAGCGUCUCGUCGAUAAACAGAAUCGUUCGAAACAAAGCGGCCGAAAAGGCCAAAUACAGCUCCCGCAUGGAUACCAGCAUGCAGGACAGUGGCCCACGGGUAGCACCCCGCCAGAGUAGUGGUAACCAACAGCAACCGGGACAGAGCCAACCACCGCAAACUCAACAAUCGCAGUCGGCACAGGAAUGCAUGAACCAAUCGAUGUCCGACUCGGAAGGCAUGAUGAAAAGCUCACAACCGCAGCAGGUCGACAGUGUCGGUGCGUCGGCGUCGUACUCUAUCAACGGGUUGCUUGGAUUGUCACAGAAAUCUCUUUCGGGUACCAGCUCGAAACGGCGCAAAAUCAAAGAGGAUCCUGAUUUACGAAGCGGUCUCUUGGGUAGCAUUAAACGUGAUAAGGUAUUGAAUCCGCACGGAUGGCAUCAAUCAGACACCAAAGAUAUAUCGGACUAUGAAGGUAUGAAACCACACGACCAGGACAAAAGCAACGAUCUCUUCGUCGGCGGGGUGGACUUUGUCAAUUCGAUGGCAAUGUCCAGCGAGGACAAUUCCGACAAUCAAUCGAGCUUCUCCAUCAGAGGUGAAAAACCGCACAAAUACCAUCGAGCAGAGGACGCCCUCUCGGUGGGGGUAAUCAUAGAGGACGACACUUCCGGCCGAAAGCAGCAGCAGCAGCAGCAACAACAACAACACCAGCCACACCCAUCCGAACUCACCAAAGUCCCCGGCGGAUACGACAAGAUCCUAACCAGCGAAAUGAUAGCCUCGUCGGCGGCAGCCGCUGCCGCAGCGGCGGUGGCCGUCGGUAUCAAGAGAACGGAGGCCUCUCCGUUGGCGCAGUCCAUCGAAUUCCUCAGCGAUAUGAAUAACAACAUUUCCCAAAACCAAAACCAGAGCUUCCCGACGACGAGCUACGAGACGGCCAGCUACAGCACCGGCGAACCGGGCCCGGAGACGGCCGUCCUCAAUCCGCACAUUGCCUGCUCGUCCAACUAUUCGGCCUUCCUGCAGAACACGGAUCAAUUUGCAGCGGCGAACCCGGAACUGAUCUUCCCGACGGCUUACACCCAAUACGCACCUGGCUACGGAUCGUUCAACUACAAUACGGCAUUCACGAACAACAACCUCUGUCGAGAUCUCGGACAAAUUCACUACCCGGAGGAACAGUAAUAGACAAUUAUUGCACCAACAAACAAACAAACAAACAAAACAUAAAGAAAUGAAGAGAAGAAGGUAAACGAAUUUCAACAACAACAAAAAUGGCAUUUAAUACACACAUUUUGAAAGAUUUGAAACGAGCAACAGACGAGUAACAAAUAUUUGAAACAUGACAAAUUAUAUAAGUGACAUUACAGAUAUUA